UAAUUCUACUCCAGCCCAUAAGAUGUCGCUGUACACUUUGCAACCAUCUGGAAUAUAGAAGAAGAAACUAUCACAUCAGCUGACGGGUGGUGAGCACAUCAUCAACAAAAUGCGAUUUCGGUUCUGCGGUGAUUUGGACUGUCCAGACUGGGUUCUUGCGGAGAUCAGCACGCUGGCUAAAUUGUCUAGCGUCAAAAUGAAGCUCCUCUGUGUUCAAGUGUUGAAGGAUAUUUUAGAGGACGGCAUUGACUAUGAUAAAGUUGAAAAGUUUACAUCGGAUGCAAAAUUUGAGAUUGGCGACAUAAAAGCCAGCAUUGCUGUGCUUAGCUUCAUUCUCACCAGCGCUGCAAAGCAUGAUGUGGAUAGUGAAUCUCUGUCAAGUGAACUUCAGCAGCUAGGGCUACCUAAAGAACACACCACAGGGUUGUGUAAAUCCUAUGAGGACAAGCACACAGCUCUUCAGGACAAACUAAGGGAAAGCAGUUUACGACUGGGUCGUCUGGAGUCCGUGUCCUGGAGGGUUGACCAGACGCUGAGUUCCAGCGAGCUGAAGGAAGUGAACGAGCCCACCGUCCAGCUUCGGCUGCAGGCCCAGGAGCCCGAGUCGGGCUGCACAGAGACCACGGUGGUGUCCAUUACGGCAGACAAGUUCAGAGUGCUCCUGACGGAACUCAAACAAGCCCAGGCUAUGAUGAGUGCCCUGCAGUGAUCCUCUGAAAGGAUGAAGCACUGUUGUAUUAUUGAUCCUCUGAAUGGAAGAAGCACUGUUGAAUCAUUCAGAUAUUUUGUAAUUGAUCAGUGGAGAAUGCACCACAACACCAUCAUGCAGUCUUGUACAGAGGACCAUACCACCUUUACCCUCAUGUGUGUUAUGGAUAUAGAUUAUAUUUUCCCUUAUUAACAUUCCUUGAGGGCUUUCAGCAUUUUAGAUGUAUGAAAUUGUGCCUUCAUCCAUCCCUUGAUUGUUUUUUGCCUCAAGUACAUCAAGUUUGAUAUGUACAGAAUGCGCACUUCAUGUACAGUUUUUAAGUUGAUUUAAUUUGAUAUUAAAGAAAUGUGAUUCAUAUUUUGAUACAGUUA